AUGAUUGCUGCCAUUGAAAAAAGAAAACUCGUCUAUGUUCUCAAUAGAGAUGCCACGGGAAAACCUACUAUUGCCAGUCCUCUGGAAGCUCAUCGUGGAAGAGCCAUCACUUUCGAUGCUGUUGGCUUGGACAAUGGAUACGACAACCCCAUUUUUGCGGCCCUCGAACUCCAAUAUCCAGAAUCUGGAGACGCAGCAGAGCUUCCAAGUGCAGAUCAAAUCGAAAAACAGCUGGCAUAUUACGAACUGGAUCUGGGAUUGAAUCAUGUCAGUAGAAGAUGGGCCACCACCACACACAGGACUGCAUGUUGUCUCGCAGCACUGCCUGGUGGAAACGAUGGACCGGGAGGAGUCCUCGUCGGAGGAGAAGACUGGAUUGAAUACCUGCACGAGGGACUCACUUUGGGCAGCAACAACUUUACACAAAAAAUCCAAGUUCUUCGCAUUAGCACAAUCGGAACUGGGUGA